GCAGGUGGAAUUGCGGCAUCUCGAGCGCGGUGUGUGGGGCGGGGAGUUUGCUUGUCGCGCCUGCUUGUUGUGGCUUCGUGUCAACAUUGUUCAGGGCCUUCCCAAGGGUGCGACUAACUAUUACUAUGCUCCAUACCAAAAGUGGAACUCACUGGUUUAUGCAAAUUGCAUGGCGAUUGACUAUAGGAAAUCCUUAACCCAUCAUCAAACAAUCUUCACUUUCAUUCAUUAUAUAUUUGGUAUUUCCUAAACCAACUCGCCCAGAUUCUAAACCAUCAUGAACAUCUUCAGGCUUUUGGCUGAUUUUUCGCACCUCGCGUCCAUCUUUAUUCUUCUACAUAAAAUGAAGUCGUCUAGUAGCUGUUCUGGACUGUCAUUCAAAUCACAGGCUUUGUAUUUGAUGGUUUUUGUGACUCGCUAUCUUGAUCUCUUCUGGGCCUUUUCCGAAUCUCUAUACAACACGACUUUCAAGAUACUGUUCAUUGGCUCAUCAGCCUAUAUCAUCUAUCUCAUGCUUAAUGACUAUAAACCCACACAUGAUCCGAAUAUCGAUACAUUCAAAGUCCAAUACCUCCUCGGGAUUGGUGCUUUGCUAGCUCUUCUCUUCCCACAUGACUAUAGUUUCUCCGAAAUUCUCUGGACGUUCUCGAUUUGGCUUGAAUCUGUUGCCAUCCUACCUCAGCUCUUCAUGCUUCAACGUACCGGCGAGGCAGAUACUAUAACAACUCACUACCUAUUUGCAUUGGGUCUAUACCGCGCCCUCUACAUACCUAAUUGGAUCUAUCGCUAUUUCGCGGAAAGCUACUUUCAGCCCGUCCCUGUUGUAGCAGGCAUCGUCCAAACACUUCUAUACUCGGAUUUCUUCUAUAUCUAUUAUACCAAGGUCAUGAAAGGAAAGAAGUUCUCACUUCCUGUCUAACCGUCGGUGUAAUCCAUUUGCAGGCGGGCUUGGGAGCAGCGAUCAAUAUACUUUCUUUCUUUUUCUUUUUCUACAAUUAUUAUAGUUGUGUGGUGUACCUCAAAUCGUUUCAAGACGCUAGGCUACGUUUCAGUUUUGAUGGAUUUUGCUUGUUUGUACAAUAAAAGAUUUUCUACUCUUGAUAAUUUCGAAUAAUCAUGUCAGAGCUGGGUCGUGG